AUGCUCAAAAAGAAGACCUUAUACCCUCCUCUCCACUUCUGGCACAGCACUCCUACUUCUACGCCCGAACUCUCCCCCACAUCUUCGUCUUCAGACAGUGAGUCAGACGAGGACAUGGACCUGUCUGGCUCACGUCCGCUGAGUCUGACGGUUCCUGCGGGCGCAUUUUGUCCCAUGCGCCCAACUUUGGAUGAGGUGCUUGCAAACACGGCACCUGCCCCCUACACGCUGAGCGCUUUUAUGGCCUAUCUCUCCCAGAAUCACUGCCUUGAAACCUUGGAAUUUACCCUCGAAGCCAAACGGUACCGAGAAACGUACGACUCCCUCAGUCAUCAGUUGGGCCAGUUACCUAUCGUAACCGAUUGCCCGGAAAGCCAGCAUCUGCGGAUGCUUUGGCAGCGACUAUUGACGGCCUACAUCAUUCCCGGAUCACCGCGUGAGAUAAAUGUCUCCAGUGAAGUCCGCGAAGAUAUCCUUCGACACGCCAAUUCGACCAUCCCCCCUAACCCCGAAACUCUAGACGCCGCCAUCAAACUUGUGCAUGAAUUGAUGGAGGAGUCAAUCUUCCUGCCCUUUCUGAAUGCCCACUCCGCUACCGCUCAGAUUAUGCCGUUGGCGGAGCCGCUCUUCCCCCAGGAGGACGGCGUGACGGUGGUGUCCGGCCCGAGUCUCGACGAACACGCUGUGAAGCGCGCCAGAUCGAAAGGCCGGCGACUGUCUCCGCGGUCUUCGAAAGAUUUCGGGUCUCCCACUUCCUCGUCUGGUCAUUCGGGCCGCUCGAACUUUUCCCUAAGCGCCAUGACCUCCAUGGGAAAAUCCAGCCACCGACCUUCCGGUCACACUUCAAGCGGGAGCGGUGACUGCUCGGCUGGCCUGACGGACGACUCUGGAAGUCUACAAUCGAUGAGCACUGGCGAACCGAUGACUCCUCCGACAACGCCACCAUCCAGCGAUGCCCACGGUCUGCACCUGGCCCACAGCCCGAAGCACCGCACUGACAACCCAUGGAAGAAAAUGGGAAUGAAGUUGGGCUUCAAGAAGCGCUCGAAUACCGGAAGCUCGGGGAGCAAUAAACUGCAGGGCAUGGAUGAAUGA